AUGCAGGAGCUGUCCUUGGUGGAAGGCAACCAGCGGCGGGACUUUGCGGACAUAGUUUGGCAAAUCGCCGAACGCAGAGGUUGCAACGAGUUUGUGGUCAGGUACGACUGCGGACAUUCACUUCGAGCGGAGGUUUCAGCUCCUCAUUUGCCGAGCACGAAGGACUACGGCACUCACGAAGCAGAUCGCUCGCGUUACGUGCAACACUGUUUGCAUGUCCUCACCCGCCAUCCUGCAGACAUACAGGUGCAGGUAACCGUGCCGGAGGGACGCUGCCGGCAUUGCCAGCGCGGACAACGACAGACUUUAGUAUGCGGACCUGUCCAUACCGAUCUGAGGGAGCCCGCCGCCCCAGGCCUCGUCGCCAAGACAUUGGGCCGCGGUCCACUGGACGCUUUGACGCACGCCAAGCGGGUUGAACUGCCCAUGACCGCCCACUCCUUCCUGGCGACGAUCGGGCAGGUCUGUAAGAUGCCGGAGACGGCCAACCUUCACCCACUGGCAGGUGCGCAGGAAGCUGUCUUGGAGAUGCCCUGGGCUUCGAAGCCGAUGAUGCCUAAAGAGGAGAUACACCAAUGGACGCGGAAAGAGAUCGAGGAUGACGUGGAGUCGAUGCUCCUCAGGUAUAUCUGCUGCUCGGCCAUCUUGCUCUUUGUGUUCAGCGGCGAGAGCUUCUACCAUCUGGUCACAAAUCUGAUGCCGAUUCAGCAGGAAGCCGAUGGAACCUUCAAGGAAAUCGAGUACAUAGGACUCGACCAGCUAACUCCAGAGCUGGUAGUUCUGAGCAAUCUCACCUCCCUCAGUGGCCUCGAGAUGCGGGUGGCCAACUGUACUUGGAUAAUGUCGACGCUGACGUAUGCGGUGCACAAGGCUGCCGGUCCAGGGGAGGCCGCUGACGGCACUGAUGCGAUUGGGAGCAGUGGCGGUUAUGUUUGGAGCGGAAUUGUGCAUCCCGUGUGGGUGGGGAUUCUGAUCGGGUUUACUCCGCUCCUGUGUGUCUUCGAGUUCAUGAUUACCAUGCCGCGCUUCGUCAUGCUGAACGUCAUGUUUACCGGCAUCCGCUGCCUCAUCCUACAGCCUGGGCGCUUGCUCAUGAGUCUGUUGAGCAGCAUCUUAGUAUUCUUGACGCGGUCCCUGUUCUCGCCUCCUGCGGUUUUGGUCACUACAGUUCCUACGGCCAAUCCACUCCUGGGCGCGGCGUUCAUCUGCAUAUCGCUGGCAGCAAUUACUUCGCCGGUCCCUCUGCUUCUGCUCGCCCGCGACCUCUGGAACACGACUUCCAACCUGGGACUUGUCAGGAGAUGUAGGCGAGCCGCGGCAGGAAACAAGACUUUGAACAAAGCCCUGGAUCGACUUCCAUUUGGAGCCUCACGUUCACGAGGUUCGGGCCGGGGAUCGCGUGAUCCCAAGAAAGAUUGCAAAGGCGAUCGGCCGAGUCGCAGCGAUUCCGGGAAGGGCGACAAGCUGCAGGGCAAAGAUGACAAAGGGUCCAGUGCCUUUGCUCCACCCUGCUUCGUGUGCCUCGACAAGCCUUCCAGGUACAUCCUGGAACCUUGUGGACAUCGAGUUGUGUGUGGGGAUUGUGCUGUGCAGCUUGUGGAUGCAGCCGCACGGACUCGCACGGCUACGGAGGCAGACCGGGGUGGCGAUCGAGGGGGCAACUGCCCAUCUUGUACAAUGGCCAUCAACCGUGCGAUGAGAAUAUUCCCAUAA